AUGGGGCCAGAGAGGGCAUGGGGGCACGAGAGGGGCACGGGCGCAUGGGGCAGAGAGGGACGGGGGCAGAGAGAGCGGCAUGGGGCAGAGAGGGAUGGGGCAGGAAGAGGGGCAGGGGGCAUCGGCGGCAGAGAGGGACGGGGCACGAGAGGGGCCAGGGGGCAUGGCGGCAGAAGAGGGAUGGGGGGCAGCAGAGGGAAUGGGGGGCAGAGAGGGGCAGGGGCAAUGGGGCAGAGAGGGAUGGGGGGGCAGAGAGGGGCAGGGAUGGCGGGCAGAGAGGGGCAGGACGGCAUGGGGCCAGAGGAGGAGAUGGGGCGAAAGGACAUGGCAGGGGGCAGAGAGGGCAUGGGGCAGAGAGGAGAUGGGGGCAGAGAGAAGGGCAGAACACAAUGGGACAUGGGCAAGAGAGGUAAUGCUGCUGAGGGAAUAGGCGGCACAGGUAAUGCUGGGGAGGAAUAGGGGCACAGGUAAAUGCUGGUGGGGAAUAGGGGGCACAGGUAA